AUUUACAUCAUAAAACAUAGCGCCCUACUUCUGAGCCAAUUACAUGUCAAAACUUACUAGUUACUAUACAAACACCAUACAAUAAAUUAAGUGCUUAUAAAAUUAGUAAGUUAUAAUUUCAUUGCUGCCGUUGAUCAACUAUUGUUCUACAUAAUCAAUCACGUGCUCUUCAAAAUUAAUCAACAAACCAUCAAAUUAAUCUAUAUACAUGUACAGUACAUGUAUACCAUCUCCAUAUGAAAAUAGAGAAGAAAGUAAUUUAUAAUACAAUACUGAAGGUAAUGAGUUUUACAUGUAGUUUAUACCCUGAAAGUCAUGUUACAUCUAAAGCUACUGAAGGACUAUAUUUCUGCUUAUAUACAUGUAGCACAGUUGCUUCAGUUUUCUUUGAAUCUAUGCCAUUUAUUCAAGCUGAGUGCAUGAGCUUGUGUCAUAUCGUGUAGCUAGAAAUUUUUGUGGCCCAAAAUUGCUGUGAAUUGCCGUAAAAUUGGCUUUUGCAGACUUCAUUUUUACAAAUUCACCAUGCUUUUUAAAUAAAAUAGGCCAUUAAUUUAUGUCCCAAAUGUUCCCAAAUUCACAAAAUUUUGAGAAAUUUUGGGUCACAGAAAUUUCUAGCUAUACGGUAUAUUCAAGCUAACUAUUAGUCACCUGACUUUUAAUAAUCUGUGGUAGGCUGUACAUAAAGCAGAGCUUUAGCUGAAGAAAAUAUUACUGCAGUUAUAUUAGACUAGAAGCAACAAUGGAGAGUCACGUUGAAGAGAAUCAGUAUACCACAACUGAUGAAGCGCUGCAAGAAAUGGAGUACGAAAUGAAUGUACUACCUACUACUCAAGAGCAAGAGCAUCAGUAUCAAGUACCACUUACACACAGCAAGAAAUACAUUGAAGACAAAUGGCCACUCCGUAUAGUGAUAUGCUUAUUAGCUAUUAUGUUGCUAUUGCUUAUCACUUUAGUGGGCAUGUGUGGCUUUAUAAUAUCACAAUCAUCUGCUGAGUGCAGUGCUACUGCUACUGGUGCAACAAAUGCUGGUCUGACUGCUACUAACAACAAUCAAAUGUGCCAAUUAUGUAAUGAAACUAUUACUCAUUUUGCUCAAGAAAUUCAUAAAAGGAUCAGUAAUAUUGAUGUUGCCCUUGUGGAGAGAAGCAUUGAGCAAUUGGCUCUUCUAGUAGAAAUUAACACAAAAGUUAACAAUACAGACGAACUUCUUGAGGCAGCUAUUUUGACAAAUGAUGUCACUAACAGCACCAAGGCUCUUGUACAGGGAAGUAUUGAGCAAUUGGCCAUUCUAGUUGAUAUAGCUGAAGAAAUCAGUGCAAAAGGUAACAAUACAGAUGAGCUUCUUGAGGCUGCUGCUCUUACGUACAAUGUUACUAACAGCACCAAGGCUCUUGUGCAGGGAAGCAUUGAGCAAUUGGCCAUUCUAGUUGAUAUAACAGAAGAAAUUAACUGGAAAGUCAACAGUACAGAUGAGCUUCUUGAAGCUGUCGUUCUUACAAAUGAUGUUACUAACAGCACAAAGGCUCUUGUGCAGGGAAGCAUUGAGCAAUUGGCCCUUCUGGUUGGCAUAGCUCAUGAAAUAAACACAAAAGUUAACAGUACAGAUGAACUUCUUGAGGCUGCUGUUCUUGCAAACAAUGUUGCUAACAGCACCAAGGCUCUUGUGCAGGGAAGCAUUGAGCAAUUGGCCCUUCUAGCUGGUACAGCUCAUGAAAUCAACACAAAAGUUAACAGUACAGAUGAACUUCUUGAGGCUGCUGCUCUUACGUACAAUGUUACUAACAGCACCAAGGCUCUUGUGCAGGGAAGCAUUGAGCAAUUGGCCCUUCUGGUUGGCAUAGCUCAUAAAAUUAACACAAAAGUUAACAGUACAGAUGAACUUCUUGAGGCUACUGUUCUUGCAAACAAUGUUGCUAACAGCACCAAGGCUCUUGUGCAGGGCACCAAGGCUCUUGUGCAGGGAAGCAUUGAGCAAUUGGCCUUUCUAGUUGGUACAGCUCAUGAAAUCAACACAAAAGUUAACAGUACAGAUGAACUUCUUGAGGCAGCUGCUCUUACAUACAAUGUUACUAACAGCACCAAGGCUCUUGUGCAGGGAAGCAUUGAGCAAUUGGCCCUUUUGGUUGGCAUAGCUCAUGAAAUUAACACAAAAGUUAACAGUACAGAUGAACUUCUUGAGGCUGCUAUUCUUGCAAACAAUGUUGCUAACAGCACCAAGGCUCUUGUGCAGGGCACCAAGGCUCUUGUGCAGGGAAGCAUUGAGCAAUUGGCCAUUCUGGUUAGUAUAGCUCACGAAAUCAACACAAAAGUCAACAGUACAGAUGAACUUCUUGAGGCUGCUGUUCUUACAAACAAUGUUACUAACAGCACCAAGGCUCUUGUGCAGGGAAGCAUUGAGCAAUUGGCCUUUCUAGUUGAUAUAACAGAAGAAAUUAACUGGAAAGUCAACAAUACAGAUGAGCUUCUUGAAGCUGUCGUUCUUACAAAUGAUGUUACUAACAGCACCAAAGCUCUUGUGCAGGAGAGUAUGGAGCAAUUGGCUCUUCUAGUUGAUGUAACUGAAGAAAUCAAUUGGAAAGUCACCAAUGAACUUCUUGAGGCUACUGUUCUUGCAAACAAUGUUACUAACAGCACCAAGGCUCUUGUGCAGGGAGGCAUUGAGCAAUUGGCCCUUCUAGUUGGUAUAGCUCAUGAUAUCAACACAAAAGUCAACAGUACAGAUGAACUUCUUGAGGCUGCUGCUCUUACAUACAAUGUUACUAACAGCACCAAGGCUCUUGUGCAGGGAAGUAUGGAGCAAUUGGCCCUUCUAGUUGGUAUAGCUCAUGAAAUUAACACAAAAGUUAACAGUACAGAUGAACUUCUUGAGGCUACUGUUCUUACAAACAAUGUUACUAACAGCACCAAGGCUCUUGUGCAGGGAAGCAUUGAGCAAUUGGCCCUUCUGGUUGGCAUAGCUCAUAAAAUUAACACAAAAGUUAACAGUACAGAUAAACUUCUUGAGGCUACUGUUCUUACAAACAAUGUUACUAACAGCACCAAGACUCUUGUGCAGGGAAGCAUUGAGCAAUUGGCCUUUCUAGUUGGUACAGCUCAUGAAAUCAACACAAAAGUUAACAGUACAGAUGAACUUCUUGAGGCUGUUAUUCUUGCAAACAAUGUUGCUAACAGCACCAAGGCUCUUGUGCAGGGAAGCAUUGAGCAAUUGGCCCUUCUAGUUGGUAUAGCUCAUGAAAUUAACACAAAAGUUAACAGUACAGAUGAACUUCUUGAGGCUGCUGUUCUUACAAACAAUGUUACUAACAGUACCAAGGCUCUUGUGCAGGGAAACAUUGAGCAAUUGGCCUUUCUAGUUGAUAUAGCUGAAGAAAUCAAUACAAAAGUUAACAGUACAGAUGCGCUUCUUGAGGCUGCUGUUCUUACAAACAAUGUUACCAACAUGACCAAGGCUCUUGUGCAAGGAAUUGAUAUAGCUGAAGAAAUCAAUACAAAAGUGAACAGUACAGAUGAGCUUCUUGAGGCUGCUGUUCUUACAAACAAUGUUACUAUAAGUACCAAGGCUCUUGUGCAGGGAAGUAUUGAGCAAUUGGCCUUUCUAGUUGAUAUAGCUGAAGAAAUUAACUGGAAAGUCAACAAUACAGAUGAGCUUCUUGAGGCUGCUGUUCUUGCAAACAAUGUUACCAACAUGACCAAGGCUCUUGUGCAAGGAAUUGAUAUAGCUGAAGAAAUCAAUACAAAAGUGAACAGUACAGAUGAGCUUCUUGAGGCUGCUGUUCUUACAAACAAUGUUAUUAUAAGUACCAAGGCUCUUGUGCAGGGAAGUAUUGAGCAAUUGGCCUUUCUAGUUGAUAUAGCUGAAGAAAUUAACUGGAAAGUCAACAAUACAGAUGAGCUUCUUGAGGCUGUUGUUCUGACAAAUGAUGUUACUAACAGCACCAAGGCUCUUGUGCAGGGAAGUAUUGAGCAAUUGGCCCUUCUGGUUGAUAUAACUGAAGAAAUCAAUUGGAAAGUCACCAAUGAGCUUCUUGAGGCUACUGUUCUUAUAUACAAUGUUACCAACAGCACCAAGGCUCUUGUGCAGGGAAGGAUUGAGCAAUUGGCCCUUCUGUUUGAUAUAACUGAAGAAAUCAAUUGGAAAGUCACCAAUGAGCUUCUUGAGGCUGCUGUUCUUGCAAACAAUGUUACUAACAGCACCAAGGCUCUUGUGCAGGGAAGUAUGGAGCAAUUGGCCUUUCUGGUUGAUAUAGCUCAUGAAAUCAACUCAAAAGUCAACAUCACCUGA